AUGGCGUGGUCGUGGUGUGGGUCGCUCCCUGCUCACUGCAGCAAGACGUGUGUCACUCGAGGGUCCGCGGGCUGUGGGCCGGUCACUGAGGAGCGUCGUGUCUCUGCUACAACCACAGGCCAGGGAAGCCUUGAUAACAUCCGGGUGUGUUCAACGUUACACUGGGUUAUACUAGUACUCGUGAACACCGACAUGUUCUAUAGCGUCUGUUGUGUCCCGCAGGUGGCGGAGCGAGGGUCUGUACGAGCGGCCACUCUGCGGCGCCGCGCUCACACUACCGCUUGA